AUGUCUGAUGACAGCCCGGGAGAAAGGCGCGGCUUCCGCGCCUUCUUCGCCAAUGCCCUCCGGCCCAAGAAAUCCCGACAAGUCCUACGCAAGGGCUACAGCGCAUCCACCCCAGACCUCCGAGCCGGCUUCAAGCGGCCCAGCACCACCAGCGAAGAUGUCCCUCCGCUACCCUCCAUAGCGCCAUUGGAGGCCCAUCGUCUCAAAUACCGAGAGCUCAACGCCAACAAAGACACCCAACUCGGUGAAAGCCGCGAUCACACCGAACUCCUGCACGCCAUCGGCGUCCAGGACAUCGACCCUUCAGACCCCUACGCCAACCGCUACGAGUUCGACAACCGUCCUCCAGGCGAGCCCUUAAUCGCCAGUCUUACCCCAAUUCUCUGGGCAGAGAUCUGCUCCUAUCUCAAUCCCGCCGACCAAGCCAGUCUCGCCUUCGCCAGCAAAACCCUCCUCUCCAAGCUCGCCCCGCUCCAACCCUGGCAAGCCCUCAAUGACCCUUCCAACCGCGAAUACCGAUCCGACUUCCUUGUCUCCCAAGACCGCUACCUCCCCCAUCACCUCCUCUGCUUCCCCUGCGCCCGCUACCACCGUCGCACCCAAGAAGGCCACGAGAAACUCCAACCCGCUCAUGUCGUCAACCCUCUCUUCAACUGCCCCAACAUGCGCAACUCCCUCCUCCCGCCCCCGCGUCACCGCAUCACCCACGGCCGCACCCUCCCCUUCAGCUUCGUCCAACUCGUCAUGCGCGCCCACAACUUCUCCCCCUCUUACGGCCUUCCCCCGGAUUCCCUCUCCCGCCGCUGGCGCCGCGACGACUGGUCCCACCACACCCGCUUCCACAUCCACAAAGGUCACCUGCUGAUGCGGGUCAUCAGCACCCGCUUCGCAGACCCAGACCUACCCCCCAGCUCACAACGUCUCCUCCUCUACUCCCGCGAAGACUACUGGCCGUAUUUCUCUGCAUGCGCGCACUGGCGCGACGGCGAACUCAUGAACGUCUGCAAAUGCGCCCUCACGCACAUCCCCAAACCCCGCGACACCUCCGCCCUACAGGGUCUCGAACACCGCGCGAAGGACCUCAUGGCGCGGCGCAUUCAUAACCCUAACUCGAUUGCCACUUUAUGCGGGAAAUGUCGCCCAAUGCGCCGCUGUCCGGAGUGUCCGUCCGAAUACCUCGUCGAGAUCAAAUUGACCGAGGAUCGCACGGAUCCUCGCUCCUUGCACUUCCGACAUGCAAUUGUGGUCACCAGGUGGUGUGAUCUAGGUGACGGGAAGUCGCCGCGGCUGUCAAAGGAAUGGGCAGCGUGUAAUGGGUUAUUGGAGGGGUAUGAUUCGUUUCAGAUGCUGGGGAAGCGGUCUAUCUCGGGGAUCUUUGAAGCUUCGAUUGCGGAUGAUACGUUACCCGGACAGAGGAUUAUAUCGAUGAAUCCGAAGGGGAAGAAGAGGGGAGAGGACGGGACGGGGUGGUAUUGA